AUGGCCCUCCUUCGGGGGUUCAGUGGCUUGUCAGUUGUCAAAUGUGACCCUCGAGGUACACAAAAGAUUGGCCAGAGUUUCCAGCUCUCUAAGCAGCUCGCCAGCUCUCAGGAGGCCGCUCCUGGGGAGUCCCCGAGGGCCUCCCGCCAGUCCCUCAGGGACACGUGUGUUGACGCUCCUGAGAUGGUGGCUCUCCGUGGAGAUAACACAGCUGUCCUAGGAGCUCUGCUAGGGGAGGAGAUGGGAGGUACAAAGAACAAGGGAGGAGCAAGUCCAGGGUCUCCCUUCGUGUACCCUAAGACCCUGGUUCUAAAAGUGUCAGCCUAUCACCCAGCGCCCCCAGAGGCUAGACACAGGCUUCCCCGAAAGCUUGUUCCCCAUAGGUGCCCUGUGCCCCCACCGCCAGCCCUCACUCUGGGCUUGGUCCGUGACUCAGAAGAACUCUCCGGAAAGAACCACCGGCUACUCUACCCUGGGAUGCGGCGAGCUCUCUCUGGCUUGGGGUGGCUGGGGCUCCGUUCUCUCCCUUCAUCCUCUAAGUGCUUUUGUGUCUUCUCUCUCCAGGACCCCGUGGAGAAUGGUGCUGUAGCCUCUGCGGAGACUCAGAAGAUAGACCCUGCUACUGAGCCACAGUUCAAAGUGGUGGACUGGGACAAGGACCUGGUGGACUGGCAGAAGCCUCUCCUGUGGCAGGUAGGCCACUUGGGAGAGAAGUAUGAUGAGUGGGUUCACCAGCCGGUGGCCAGGCCCAUUCGCCUCUUCCACUCUGACCUCAUUGAGGCUUUCUCCAAGACUGUCUGGUAUAGUGUCCCCAUCAUCUGGGUGCCCCUGGUGCUGUACCUCAGCUGGUCCUACUACCGAACCCUGAGCCAGGACAACACCCGGCUCUUCGCAUCGUUCACAACAGAUUACUCAGUGGCGGUACCCAAGUCCAUGUUCCCAGGCCUCUUUGUGUUGGGCAUGCUCUUCUGGACCCUCGUGGAGUAUGUCAUCCACCGUUUCCUGUUCCACAUGAAGCCCCCCAGCGACAGCCAUUACCUCAUCAUGCUGCACUUUGUCAUGCACGGCCAGCACCACAAGGCACCCUUUGAUGGCUCCCGCCUGGUCUUCCCCCCAGUGCCAGCCUCUCUAGUGAUUGCCUUCUUCUAUGUGUUCCUGAGGCUCAUCCUGCCGGAGGCCGUGGCAGGCAUCAUCUUUGCAGGGGGUCUCCUGGGCUACGUCCUCUAUGACAUGACCCAUUACUAUCUGCACUUUGGCUCACCACACAAGGGCUCCUACCUGUACAACAUGAAGGCCCACCAUGUCAAGCAUCACUUUGAAUACCAGAAAUCAGGGUUUGGCAUCAGCACUAAAUUGUGGGAUUACUUUUUCCACACCCUCAUACCAGAGGAAUCUCACCCGAAGAUGCAGUGACAGCCCCGAGACCCUCUGUUCUGCCCUCGGUCUAGUCCUGGCCCCUGCACCCUGCCCUACCCCCGCCUCCAUCCAAACCCUGCUGGGAUCAGCUUGGCCAGGCAGGAUGGGCUCUGUCUAGCCCUGGGGCUUGGUGGAGACCUUAAGGCAGGGCUUCCCUUCUGGCUUACUGUGUGAGGAUAGCAUCCUCUUGAUAGCCAAGUGGCCCUUGGGGACCGGCUCCUUCUCAGAGAAUUAUGACCUCCUCAUUGGCACCUCUGCCUAAGCUUCAGCCCUCAGUACUGAUUCCGGGUCCAGACAGUGACCCCAAGGGGCAUGAAGGAAACUGACCCCACCUGUGCCUUAGAACCCUGGGCUCCCUGGGAGCUUCCCCGUGCAGCAGAAGGGCCGCUGUGCCCACAGCAGAAGCAUGGUGUGCAGGCCUGUGGCCACAUCUUACCCUCCUGCUCCGUCUUGAGAGUUUGAUGGUUCAGAAGUGAAUGAAGGGCUAUCCCGAGAAGAGGCAGCGCAACGCCUCCCACAGGCCAUGCCCAGACCCCAGGACAGCCACCCUGGGCCCUGCCAACCCCAGAUACCAGCUGUACCACCAGCUGCCUCAGUGGAAGCAAGCCAACAUUUAUCUACCUGGGCAGAAAGCCUGAGGGUGGCCGGCAUCUGGUGCCAGGCUGACAGGAGCUCUGGCCCUUGUCUUUGGGAAUCCACAGCUGCUUUCUCCAUCUCCCCUCUGCCCCCAAACCACAAAACUGCUCCCCAGAGGAGGCUGGAGAGGUUUCUGCACUGGUGAGAGCCCCACCGUAGCCCUUGCCAUUCUUGGCCUCCACCUACGCAGGUGGCUGCCUGCCCCAACUCAGGACCCUCCCAGCAGUGACUCCUGAAGCCAGCACGGGCUUUCACGUGGUGCCUUAUUGCCUCCCCCACCCUGAGACCGUUCUUCCUCGUAACCAGAGCCCUCACUGCUCCUGAAGUCUUAUUUAUAAAUCACAUAAAUAUUCUUGAUCUGACCUCAAAUGAAGUAGCUGGUCAGAUGGCCCUUUCUAAUCCUAUGUGUUGAGCUUAUAUACAUAUAUAUAUACAUAUAUAUAUAAAAUCAUCUUGCCUUCCUUUUUGUUCUUUCUUACCCACAAGCCAUUACUACUUGAAACUUGUCAAAAACCCAGUGGGUGCAAAGACUAAAGAGAGGCAGUGUGACUGGUCCUGUGAUUUACGCUGUUUACGGUGAAGCUAUCUAGAGAUUUUGAGAUAAAUAUACAAAACUGUGGUUGUGAAAUAAAGAUGUAAAUAAAUUGUAUAUUUUGAAAAAUAAAACACUGAGAAGAAACCAACAAAGA